UAUUUUUUGUAGCGUAUCGAUCUGUCAAUGCAUUAAAGAGCUGAUAAAGUACACCGUGCAAAAAGAUUGAGGUGUAUCGAGUGAUCCGCGGAUUAUCGUGGUGUUGUGUGAUUAGUUUUUUGUUUUUUUAAUCCCAGUGCAAGACAAAUCGGGGUGAAAUUCGGCUUGCGCUGUCGGUUAAGGCCCUUUAGCGCAGCUUUGUGCAGUGUGUGGACUCAGCAGAGAUAUCCCGCUAUCGACUUUUUGCGAAACUCCUACAAGUCGGUGAGAACGGCGAGAGGUGAUAGACGUCGCGACGUCCUUGCCGCGAAUAUUUUGCUAAAACUCCGGGUUUCGAGCGCAUUGUAUACAUUCCGUACCGAACGCGACGUAUUUCAGCCAAAGCUCCACAUUAGUCGAUAUUUUUGCUGCAGGAUGGUGUAAUAUCGCUGGCGAUAUCGCAUCUUUCAAAAUUUACUGUUGUACUCGCUGGAGUAUUUGAUUUAAUUCCGGACUGUGAAAAAAUUAUGGUGCGAUGAGGCGUGAUAAGGACGACAGGCGUGAAGUUAUGAAGAAGUUCACUUUCAAAGGCGUUUUGGACAAUUUUCGCAACUCCGUUGCACAGCCCUCCAGGCCAGACCAGGAGAUCCAGGAGACGCUGCGUACCGACAACUUCCAAGUGAAAAGGACUUUCCGCCAUGGCUUCCCGUUUCAGCCCACUGCGAUGGCCUACGACCCUGUCCAAAGACUACUGGCGAUUGGCUCGAAGUGCGGCUCCCUCAGGAUACUGGGCCAGCCUGGCGUCGACGUCCACGUACGACACGACAUGGAGGGCCCCCCUGGGUCGGCAGCGGUCCUCCACCUCCAGUUCCUCGUCAACGAGGGGGCGCUCAUCUCAGCCACGGCAGACGAUACCCUUCACCUGUGGAACUUCCGACAGAAGAUCCCGCAGAUCGUGCAAAGUCUCAAAUUCCAGAAAGAAAAAAUCACCUACAUGCAUCUUCCAUUGCAGUCGAAGUGGUUGUACGUGGGUACAGAGAGGGGAAACGUCCAUGUAGUCCAGAUAGAAAACUUCAACCUUUCCGGCUAUAUUAUUAACUGGAACAAGGCUAUAGAAGUGUCGAGGAAGACGCACCCAGGAGCAAUAGUACACUUAAGCGACAACCCGUUAGAUGCCAGUAAACUAUUAAUAGGGUUCGAAAUCGGACUGGUGGCGCUGUGGGACCUGAGGAACAAGAUGGUAGACAUGAGGUGGCUGACUAAUGAAUUAAGGUCCAUAGCUUGGCACCACGAAGGAAAGCAGUUUAUGUGUUCCCACACGGAUGGCACUUUAACCACUUGGAGCUUGAAGUCGCCCUCCAAGUACAUCCAUAUAUCGCAACCUCAUGCUAAAUUAACCAAAGAGGGAAAACCGGAGCAAUGCAAACCAAUCACUAAAGUGGAGUGGAAGUAUUCCAGAACUGGGGAAGCCUAUGUGAUAUUCUCGGGGGGUAUGCCGUAUGACCAAGCCAGCAGAACGCCCUGUAUAACAGUUGUAUAUAGCAAAACGACGACCGUGCUGGAGAUGGAGCACAACGUUGUAGAUUUUAUCACCCUUUGUGAAUCUCCUUAUACCAGCGAAUUACAAGAACCGUAUGCAAUAAUAGCCCUCCUACAGAACGACCUGGUUGUGAUGGAUCUCCAGACAGCAGGGUUUCCCUGUCUAGAGAACCCGUACCCCAUGGACAUCCACGAGUCCCCGGUGACAUGCUGCAGUUACCUGGCGGACUGUCCAGCCGAUCUCAUUCCCGCCUUUUACUCCGUAGGCAGGGCAGGGGCCAUGAAGAGGACGGGAUUCUCCGAAAUGUCGUGGCCGAUCAGCGGCGGAACUUGGCCGGCGCAAGCCUGUACCUACGCGGAAGUAAUUAUGACGGGGCAUGCCGACGGUAGUAUAAAAUUCUGGGAUGCGAGUGCCGGUACUCUGCAGGUGCUUUACAAACUCAAGACGGCCAAGGUGUUCGAGAAACCGAAGUCUAGGUCUUUGGAUUCCGAGGAUGACCCCUUCGCCAUUGAGAUAAUCUCAUUGUGUCCGGAGUCUAGGAAGUUGUGCGUUGCGGGUGCUUCUAGUCACGUCAUUUUGUUCACUUACAGAAAAACCGAGACUAACGACGAGAUAACCGUUUUGGAAGUUCCUAUAAUCUAUGAGGUACCGGAUGAGGGGGAGAUGUCUCCCGAUUGCCAAUUCUCGGGGCCCGGUAGUGCCGGAUCUGGUAGCAAACUGGAUAUGCUGGAUUUCGACAAUAAGAGGGAUGGACCUACGCUGAAGGUUCGGAGCGGAAACCAGAAGAAACCACCCGGUUUCCAAGCCCAACUGGUCUGUUUAACCCCCUGGAAUAACGGGGAACCACCUAGUCAUAUUACCGCAUUAACUAUUAACAGUUCGUACGGACUCAUGGCUUACGGUAACGAAGCGGGUAUUGUGAUAAUAGAUAUAGAGCAGAGGGUUUGUCUCUUGAACGUAGGAAGCCCGGACCUUUACGGCGCCCAGGAUCCUUAUUCGCGGGUUCCCAGGAGUCCCAAGAAGGGCCAGACGCUGACGGACACGCUACCCAUCAACAUGGACCGCGAAGAGCGACAACCCCGCAGCCCCAGCAUAGACCAGAUGGGAAGGUCCCCCGAAAGCCCAUUUUCCUUUGCCCCUUGCCCCACACCUGUAGAACAGGCCUACGAAGCGAUGGAAGAGGAGAAAGCCGUGCCUAUACCCCAAAACCGCAGGAAAUCAUCCACGUGGAAAGCUUUCAAUUUAAAACGGCAACUUUCCAAAGUAGAUAUAAAGAUUAAGAAUCCUCUGAAGGAGAAAAGGAACAGUAUAUUCUACUCGGACGCUUCUCCUGGGCAAGAGUCGAACGAUAACGCCGAAGAAGUGGAAAAGUCCUCCCCAGAAUCGGACGAGAAUACCGUUAUAGACAAUCAGAGUGUUAUAGACUUGUCGGUGAUUUCACCAAAGAGUGCAGACGAGGACCAACUUAAAAAACCCGGGGAAGAUUUUGAACCGGUACAAUUUUCUCCGGAAGAAGAACCAGAGGUGCCGUUUCUAGUGGGUUCCCUGGGCACCCAGUUCGAGUACCCGGGUUGUAGACGGGUCGGUUUCGCCGCGAGGCCCGACAACUUAGAUCUAGUCGACGAGGACGGGGUUCCCGUCAGGCCGCCGAGGCACAAAAAAAAACAGGAAAAGAGAGACCAAAGACUGUUGUCUGUGCCCAAUAUAAAGUUUCAGAAGCCCGAGCUGCAGAGUUACAGGGACCUGCGGGAGAAAGAGGACACUGUAGUGAGUCCGCAGCCGAGUUUUACGGGGAAUCUGAUGAGGCGUUUCAGCCGGGUAGACAAACUGGACAGCUCCUUCUCGAGGUCCAGGUCGUCUUCGAUGAGCUCCCUCGAAAACAUUACCUCGGAAUCUAUUCAGUGCUUGGUUUUCGCCGAUUCGUACACGAGGAAAUCAGAACCGACCACGUUAACACCUACCCUAUGGGUAGGAACGAGUCUAGGAUCCGUCUUAACGAUUCUAAUAACGCCCCCGGAUCCCGACAGUCGAUCUUCCCAACCGGUGGUGGUCUCUUUGGUUGGAGCCACGAUUUUUAGGUUAAAAGGAUCAAUUUUAUCGAUAUCCUUCCUGGAUUGCAACGGUUCUCUAAUACCUUACUCGUUCGAGUCCUGGAGAGACGACAACAGAGAGAAGAGGGACAGAACUCCGACGAGGAACCAGAAUAGGAUGAGCCCGACUCUAGGCGGCGAGAACUUAAGCAGGGGCGAUAAUUUUUCCGACAGGCAGUUCGUGGUGAUAGCCAGCGAGAAGCAGGCGAGAGUGGUGGCGCUGCCCUCUCAGACGUGCGUGUAUAGGCAGCAGUUGGCCGACGGCGACUUUGUCGUUAAAGCUGAAGUUAUUUCUCUUAAAGAUAGCGUAUGUUUAGUUUGUUACUUGUCGAACGGUCACUUGGCUGCGUACAGCUUGCCCAGCCUGAGGCAGCUGCUGGACAUCGACUUCCUGCCGCUGUCCGAGCUCAGUUUUCAGACACAGUCUAAGAAAGGCAUUGUAGACCCAAUGUUAUCCAUUUGGGGGCAACAGCUCAUUGUUAACGAGGAUACGGACCAGAUCGCCAGAACUUUUAACUUUAGCAACCGAGGCCACGGCUUGUACCUGGCGUCGCCUUCCGAGUUACAGAAGUUCACGAUAUGCACAGAGUUUUGCUCGAACCUGACCGAGAUGAUGGGGGAGCUGUUCCUGCCCUUGGACAUGCCGGAGCCGCCCAAGGAGGGCUUCUUCAAGGGCCUGUUCGGGGGAGGCGUUCGGUCUUUGGACAGAGAGGAAUUAUUUGGCGAAUCGAGCGGGAAGGCCAGUAAAGCUGUCGCGAAGCACAUCCCGGGGAACCUCUCGGAUCUGGGCCAGAGAGCGAACACGGCGAGCAGCGAGGUGAACCGUGCCCACAGGCUGAUGUUGGAGCGCGGCGACAAGCUGAACCAGCUGGAGGAGCGGUCGGAGAGGAUGAGGAGCGAGGCGGAGAAUUUCUCGUCCUCCGCGCACGACCUGAUGCUCAAGUACAAGGAUAAGAAAUGGUACCAGUUGUGAAGCGCUUGGAACUUUUUAUAACCCAAAAGAGUGUUGGUUUUUGUACAGUUUUUCAAGCUAGGGAGGUAGGAUUUAUAGUCAAUAGACGAGUAAUGCCGGCGCGACGCGGUUCAGUCACUUUUUUUUUAAUUCUGCAAUAAUUUCCUUAAUUUCCAAGUAACUUUUUCUAAAAUUUUAAGAAUUUCAAAAAAAAUUUCACAAAGUUAUAAAUUUAUUCAGCAUUCACAAUCGUGUAAAACGUAAUUCUUCCCUCGACCUUAAAGUGAAAUUUUGUUUUGUGAACUUACUUUUAAAAGAAAAGUGUCACUUUUUAAGUGUCAUGUUAUUUCACGUCCGCAGAUACUUCACAGAUUCAAUUACUUCACAUCCACCGGACAGAAUAAAUCUGUGGAUGUGAAGUAAUUGAGUACGUGAAAAAGUGCAAUAGAAUCUUAAGCAAAUUUUUUUCCUACGAUACAUGAAUUAUUUUUCUCUAGUUCAAAUCCUGCUAAAUGGGUUAAUUUUGAUAUUAAGUUUUUUGGAAAUUUCACAAAGUUAUAAAUUUAUUCAGCAUUCACGAUCGUGUAAAAUAUAAUUCUUUCGUCGACCUUAACAUGAGAUUCCGUUUUACCAACUUAUUUCCAAACGAAAAGUGUCACUUUUCAAGUGUCAUGUUAGUUCACGUCCGCAGAUACUUCACAGAUUCAAUUAUUUCACAUCCACCGGACAGAAUUAGUCUGUGGAUGUGAAGUAAUUGAGUCCGUGAAAACGUGCAAUAAAAUAUCAAAUCGUAAGCAGUUUUUUUUCCUGCGGUAGGUACAUGAUUAAUUUUUCUCUAUUCAAAUCCUGCGAAAUAGGUUAAUUUUGAUAUUAAGUGUUUUGGAAAUUUCACAAAGUUAUAAAUUUAUUUAGCAUUCACAAUCGUGUAAAAUUUAAUUAUUCCGUCGACCUUAACAUGAAAUUAUGUUUUGUGACCUUAUUUCCAAACAAAAAGUGUCACUUUUCAAGUGCCAUCUUAUUUCACGUCCGCAGAUACCUCACAUAUUCAAUUACUUCACAUCCACCGUACAGAAUAAAUCUGUGGAUGUGAAGUAAUUGAGUCCGUGAAAAAGUGCAAUAAAAUAUCAAAUCGUAAGCAGAUUUUUUUCCUGCGGUACAUGAAUUAUUUUUCUCUAGUUCAAAUCCUGCGAAAUAGGUUCAUUUUGAUUUUGGAAAUUUCACAACGUUAUUUUAUUCAGCAUUCACAAUCGUGUGAAACAUAAUUCUUCCGUCGACCUUAACGUGAAAUUCUGUUUUGUGAACUUAUUUCCAAACGAAAAGUGUACAUUUUUAAGUGUCAUGUUAUUUCACGUUCGCAGAUACUUCACAGAUUCAAUUACUUCACAUCCACCGGACAAUAUAAAUCUGUGGAUGUGAAGUAAUUGAGUCCGUGAAAAAGUGCAAUAAAAUAUCAAAUUGUAAGCAGAUUUUCUUCCUGCGGUACAUGAAUAAUUUUUCUCUAGUUCAAAUCCUGCAAAAUAGGUUAAUUUUGGGUCCGAAAGGCCUCGUAGUGACACAAUUGUAUUGAAACUGAAGUUAUAUUGGAAAGUUUUGGAAAUUUUGAAACACAAAAUGCUUCACAGUACAAAAUUCUUUCAAAGUUCAUAGAACAAAGGCUGAAGGUGAAAAAUGUGAUGAUUUUGAAAUUUUUUGUACAUUUCUAAUGCCUUUCGGAAUGCGUUUGAUAUAUUUUAAUGUAUUUCUGUACAUCCUGUAUAUAAUAUACCGCCCCCUCCGUCACACAAGUCUCCAACUUUUGGGUUAAUCACUGCUGUUAGAUUGAGGGAUAGAGGUUUUUAUUGUACGUUAUCACUACAUCGGUUUAUAUAUCGAGUACUGCGAGAGGCCCUAAGGUAGGGCCUCGAGGCGUUCCGAAUGUCUUUUCCAUUUCGUCACUGUGACUGAACAGCGAGCCGCUCCUCUAAGGAAUUCUUAAACUUAAUGCGAAUUGUGAUAUUCUAUUCUGCCUGUAAGGAUAGAUUAAAAAAAAGAAACUUUUCCUAUGAUUUAAAACUGCACAUGGUUUUCGCACCCAAGAGAAUGUACUAAAGAGUAGUAUGUUUGUUAUAUUUAAGUAAAAAAAAAUGUUACGGUAGAUUUUAAAGUGGAACUCGUAGCGGGAUUUUUACCUUUGCUACUAUAUAUAUUAUUUUAGUAAUAUUUUAAAUAAUAUAAAGUCUAAGUCAUUUAUUCUAUUUCUAAUGCCGUAGUUACUCCGACUAUGCGCGAAGUGGUUAUGUAGUUAUCAAAUUGUUUUGUACUUUUCUAUAUUACGCGCGGUGUCCCGGCGCGUGCGUUUCGCCUUUCCCGUCUGAAGGGCGAAUCGCAGGGAGGCUCGUCGAGCACCUUACUUACGUUAUUUUUACUAGUCACUAGUACCGGAACUGCGCUUCGAUCAAAUCGAUGAGUUCGUACGAAACAUCCAAAAAAUAUUCAAUCGGUGCUAAAUCUGGAGGUCCGGCGGGCCAAGCCAAAAAGUUCAGUCAAACUGGAUUCCGAGGGCAUUAUUCGUUUCAAAGUUCCAUUUUCAGUAUGCCAACAUUGUUACCAAGACCGAGUUUAUAUAAUUGUUUAGUGUAUUGGAAAUUUUAAACGGUGCGAGCGGUUUUGGUGGACGAUGACUCGGUUUUAUGGUAAAAUAGUGGUUUCUACUCUAAUUUGGUCGUAUUCGAUGGCAAUUAGAGCCGUUUUUCUGAGGUCGAGUCUGAAAUUUCGUUUAUUUUGGGCCAUUCCGAAAGCUAUUAACGAGAUCUUGUUCGCUUUUGUACGAUUUCUGAUUACUGAGGUGUAAGCCACCAAUUUGUCACGAUUUGGUAAUGUUCCAAGUGCUUUUUUUAAGCAAAUAGGCAACAAGUAAUACAUUUUUGUAAAUUUUAUUACACAGUUUGUUUAAAUGUGAA